AUGAGGGCUGCUUUCUCCGGUGUCAGCGAGAAGCGGUGGUGGUGUGAUGGUGCGUGCGACUCGUGUAUCUCCGAUCUGCGCGGCGGCUAUAGACACGGGGACACCCUAGCUGCUAGGGUCCGCAAGUUACAUCACUAUAUGGAAAUGUUUUGCACCAUAGCGAAAACGCAACGCAUGGUCAGUUUUGCGUUUACAACCCAAGAAUCAGGAACCUACUUGGCUUGUUUCGAUCCCGUUGGAAACAGUCAUGGUAACAAAGAUAUUAGCAUCAACCUUGACUGGAAAACUGGUAUCGCCGCCAAGGGUUGGGACUCCAUUGCCAGAAAAGAGAAAAUCGAGGGUGUGGAGCUGGAGCUAAGGAAACUCGAAGGUGCAGUUGAGGGCAUACAUGACAAUCUACUUUACCUUAAAGACAGAGAAGCGGAGAUGAGGAUUGUGAGUGAAAAAACAAACUCGCGAGUCGCAUGGUUCAGUAUAAUGUCGCUAGGCAUCUGCAUUGUGGUCUCUGGUUUGCAGAUUUUGUAUUUGAAGCAAUACUUUGAAAAGAAGAAGCUUAUUUAGAUCAGGUGAGGGAUGAUCCAUGGACGGACGGACACUAGAAACCAACACUUUCCUUUGCUUUCUUCUUAUAACACUCUUUUGAACUCAAUAGUGUAAAUCUUUUUUUUUUCACUCAUUUAACAUGUAAUCUGUCUCUCGAUUUGAUAAUUAUAAAACUAGACUCUAAUAAUCAGAAACUGAACUACAUUUUACUUGGAGAAAUGCGUUGUUA